GCUACGGCGGGCGGAAAAUAAAGGCGGCCUGCGCUGAGGUCUGGAUAGGGCCUGAGAUGCUCCACGGGGGCUCCCCGCAGCCCGAUGCACUCCAAGUGUCCAUACCUGCGUGAACAAGGGCGGGACGCACGGACUGACUGAUGCACGCACUCGCUUUCGCAGCGCCCAAUGCGCACGGGGCUGCGGAGCUUUUUAUACUCGGGCCGACCCAUGACGCAUAGGGCGGAGGGGUGGGCGGAUGGGCGGACUAGCGGAGCGGUCGGGUCCACUGCAAGCGCAGGGGAGGAGAAACGGAGCCGGCCUCGACCAUGCGCCCGCGGGCGGCGGGGGGAGACGCUCAGCCACCGGCCGCGACCACUGCGCCCGCCCGCGAGGGUGAUGCGCGGGGCUCCUCUCUGGAGCGCGAGGGGGUCGGUUGGAGUCCGGCAUGGCCCGGAGCCAGGCGGCAGUACUGCUGCCGCCUCUGAUGCUCCUGCUUCUGGCGACCCCUGCCCAGGUCUCCCCCGACUACCAAUACUUCGGCGAGCAGGGCGAAGGGGACACCUGGGAGCAGCUGCAGCUGCAGCAUCGGGAGAAAGGCUUGGAAGACUCUGUCCUUGGCCCGUGGGGAAAGUGGCGCUGUUUCUGCGACCUGGGCAAGCAGGAGCGCAGCCGCGAGGUUGUGGGCACAGCGCCUGGCCCGGUGUUCAUGGACCGCGAGAAUCUGGUGCAGGUGCGGCCCUGCCGGCCACGGGAUUGCUCAUCCUGCGAGCCGAAAGACUGCGACUGGAGGCCCUAAGCCCGGCUCCGGCGGGCGGAGCUCCAGCGACACCCGGGCGGAGCUUGGAAAGUGACCCCGCCCACCCCGUUCCCCAAACGCGGAGCUCUGCGGUCAGCCUCGGAAACUACAAUUCCCA